CAAAUCCUUUUCAUCCCCGUGCUCAGCCCACCUACUCGUCUCUACCUCCGCUCCAAUUUGGAUUCUCGGAAAUUUCAAAGUUUCUCGAAAUUGAAAUUUAGGUCAAGGUGUGGCUUGUGUGGAAACUGUUGGUCAUCAUCUUUUCAUCAUCGUAGGACUUUAAAACAACUGUUUUACGAUAAACCCGUUGAUAACAAAAAGAGAAAAUUCAAGUUCAUCUUAGAAGAUCUUAAGAGGUUCUGUUCUUUAUAUAUCAUUCGGCCAACGGCUCUUCUGAGAAAAUGCCUUCCGACGCAAAGAAGAAACGCGAUUUGGCCAAGAAACAGGCCGCAAAGACGAAAGGAGGUAAACCAAAAUCGGUUGAAAAUGGAGACGACCAAGGGCAAGAAACUCCACAAACCAAUGGUCAUUCGAUGACGAACGGAAAUGGAGAAACCAACGGGGCUGGGGAUACCAAUGGUGACAUUGACGACGUUGUUAAACGAGAAGAAUUGCUUUGUCAAAAGCUGGAGAAAGAGGCAAGGUUGAAUUCGGAAGCCAGGGCUUGUACAGGGAACUUCGCACUGCACCCGAAGUCGCGAGACAUCAAGAUAGACAUGUUGUCUAUUACUUUCUAUGGCCGAGAAAUCCUUGUAGAUACAAAGCUGGAAUUGAAUUGUACAAGGCGAUAUGGAUUAGUGGGUGCAAACGGAAGUGGCAAGAGUACUCUGUUAGCUGUUGUGGGGAAUCGAGAAGUUCCUGUUCCGGAUCAUAUUGAUAUUUUCUUGGUCGAUCGUGAAAUGCCAGCAACGGAUAAGACAGCCUUACAGUGCGUCAUGGAGGUCGAUGCCGAGCGAGUUAGGCUAGAAACUUUGGCAGAGAGUUUGGUGGCUUGUGAAGAUGAUGAAUCUCAAGAGCAACUUAUGGACGUUUACGAAAGAUUGGAUGAAAUAUCUGCGGAUACUGCAGAAGUACGUGCAGCGUACAUAUUGAACGGUUUGGGAUUCACCCAUGCUAUGCAGAAUAAGAAAUGCAAAGAUUUCAGCGGAGGUUGGAGAAUGCGAAUAGCUCUAGCACGCGCGCUGUAUCUAAAACCAAGUUUGCUCCUAUUGGAUGAACCAACUAAUCACCUUGAUUUGGAUGCCUGUGUGUGGCUGGAAGAGGAAUUGUCGAAGUAUAAGCGAAUGUUGGUGAUCAUUUCCCAUUCUCAAGAUUUCAUGAAUGGCGUUUGUACCAAUAUUAUUCACUUGGAGAAGCAAAUGUUGAAACCUUAUACGGGGAACUACGAUUCUUUUGUGAAGGCGAGGUCGGAAUUGUUGGAAAACCAGAUGAAACAAUACAACUGGGAACAACAACAAAUCGACCAUAUGAAAAACUACAUCGCAAGAUUCGGUCACGGAAGCGCAAAGCUGGCUAGGCAGGCACAGAGUAAGGAAAAAACCCUUGCAAAAAUGGUUGCUGGAGGAUUGGCUGAGAAAGUUGUCGCUGACAAGACUCUGUCAUUCUCGUUUCCUUCGUGUGGAACGAUUCCACCACCAGUUAUUAUGGUGCAAAAUGUUAGCUUCCGUUAUAAGGAAGGGACACCUUGGAUUUAUCGCAAUUUGGAAUUCGGUAUCGAUCUCGAUACACGGAUCGCACUCGUAGGCCCAAAUGGUGCCGGGAAAAGUACAUUGUUGAAGAUGAUUUUUGGGGAACUCCAUCCCACUUCUGGUAUGAUUCGACGGAAUUCGCAUCUACGAUUUGGGCGAUACCAUCAGCAUCUUCACGAGUUACUGGAUAUGGACAUGACGCCUUUGGAUUAUAUGAUGAAGUGUUUUCCUGACGUGAAGGAGGUGGAAGAGAUGCGAAGAAUUAUAGGACGGUAUGGGUUAUCGGGAAAGCAACAGGUCAGCCCCAUGCGACAACUGUCUGAUGGACAACGUUGCCGAGUUGUAUUUGCGUGGUUAUCUUGGCAAGUACCACAUUUAUUGCUGCUGGAUGAACCUACAAAUCACCUCGACAUAGAAACGAUUGAUUCGCUCGCGGACGCUAUAAAUGAUUUUGAUGGGGGUAUGGUCCUAGUGUCCCACGACUUCCGAUUGAUUUCUCAGGUUGCUGAGGAAAUAUGGGUAUGUGAAAAUGAAACGGUGACCAAAUGGCCGGGUGAUAUUCUGUCAUAUAAGGCUCAUUUGAAGAGCAAAAUCGUGAAAGAUGACCAGGAUGAACCCGUAAAUAAACCCAAGAAAAUUACCACCACCAACAAGAAGAAAGUUAAAUAACGAAAGUAGAAAUAAGUGCGCAAUUACUCGUUAUUAUUAUUAUUAUAUAAGAUGAAACGAUGCGAAACUUUAAUUCUUGAUUUAAUACUAAUUCUUGGGGAAUUACAUGGUUGUUUUAUGGAAA